ACGGUACUGAAUGAGUUCCGCGGCGGGUCUUCGCGGCGGUCGGUUGACAGCGCUGGGCUGAGGCGAGCAGUGAGGAGGGAAGAGGAGCAAUUGGGGCGCCCGGCGGGCUUCACCCUAAUUUCAAGCGACUGGAGGUCUCCGCGUGGAGGGCGCAGCUACUGGGACGUGUACUGCGGGGGUGCCGCCCUGACCCGCGGAGCGGGAGCGGAGCAGGAGCUGAGCUUCCGGCCUCCCUUCCAUAGAGGAUUUCCCCGUGAAGUUCGGCGGGACCGGGUCUAGCAGGCUGUGUUUGCAGAUUCUGGAAAAGAAGUAUUUUCUGGACUUGAGAAUUUCAGAAGAGAGGUGAAAGAGUAUAUUGCAACUUUGAAUAAAGUCUGUAGUCAAGGGUACUGACCAGAUUAAACCACAGAAUACUUUUAAGUCCAUGUCAUUCCAUAAUGAAGACAAAUGAUUCAUUGGGUUUCGUAGGGAAAUUAUUUGCCAAGAAGUGACCUGUUGAGAAAAGUGACACAAACGUUGGAAAUAACCUACUGUUUUGCUCCAAGGGUGGGACACAAUGUCACAAGUCACAACCUCUUAUUCCUAUGAUGCUCCAAUGGACUUCAUCAAUUUUUCAUCUUUGACUGAUGAGGAAGAUAUGAAAAACAUAGAUUCCUGGUUUGAUGAGAAGGCUAAUUUGGAGAAUAAGUUUCCUGGGAAGGAUGGUACAGGAGGGCUUUUUCAGGGCAAAACACCUCUGAGGAAGGCUAAUCUUCAUCAAGAUGUCACACCUUUGAGGCCAGUUGAUAAUACUUACAACAAACAGGCAGAAAAAGAAAAUCUGGUGGAAGAGUCCAUUCCAUCAAAUGAAUGUCCUUCUAUGAAAGUCAAAAGAACCACAUCAAGAAAUAAUCCAGCUCAGCCUCAGAGAAGAUCUCUCAGACUCUCUGCUCAGAAGAAUUUGGAACAGAAAGAAAAGCAUCAUGUAAAAAUGAAAGCCAAGAGAUGUGCUACUCCUGUAAUCAUCAAUGAAUUUCCACCCUCCAAAAAAAUGAAAGUCUCUCACAAUAAAAAGAAGUUAGAAGAAGAGGAAGAAGGCAAUGCUUGUCAAGAUAUUUCUGAAAAGAAUGAAUCUUCCCCAGAAAAAGCCAAGGGCAGACAUACUGCGCCUUGUAUCCCACCUGUAAGACAGAAGAUUCUAAAAAGUACUGAGGAGCAAGAGUUGGAGAAGAGAGUGAAAAUGCAGCAGGAAGUGGUAGAGAUGCGGAAAAGGAAUGAAGAAUUCAAAAAGUUUGCUCUUUCAGGAGCAGGGCAACCUGUGAAGAAAUCAGUGAGCCAGGUUACCAAAUCAGUUGACUUCCACUUCCGCACAGAUGAGCGGAUCAAACAGCAUCCUAAAAACCAGGAGGAGUAUAAGGAAGUGAACUUUACAUCGGAACUGCGAAAGCAUCCUGCAUCUCCUGCCCGAGUGACUAAGGGAUGCACCGUUGUUAUGCCUUUCAAUCUGUCACAAGGAAAGAAAAGAACAUUUGAUGAGACAGCUUCUACAUAUGUUCCUCUUGCACAGCAGGUGGAAGCAUUCCAUAAACGAACUCCUACCAGAUACCACCUGAGGAACAGGAAGGAUGAUAUUAUGCCAUUACCCUCCAAAUCUGUGGUCAGAAUAUGCAGAGACCCACAGACUCCAGUGCUGCAAACCAAACAUCGUACACGGCCUGUGACCUGCAAAAGUGCAGCAGAUCUGGAAGCUGAGGAGCUUGAGAAGCAGCAACAAUACAAAUUCAAAGCACAGGAACUUGAUCCCAGAAUUCUUGAAGGUGGGCCCAUUUUGCCUAAGAAACCACCUGUGAAGCCACCUACUCAGCCUGUUGGCUUUGAUUUAGAAAUUGAGAAAAGGAUCCAGGAGCGGGAGUCAAAGAAGAAAUUGGAAGAGGAACAUUAUGAAUUUCAUUCCAGGCCCUGCCCUACUAAGAUCUUGGAAGAUGUUGUGGGUGUUCCUGAAAAGAAAGAGCUUCCAAUCACUGUUCCAAAGUCACCAGCCUUUGCUCUGAAGAACAGAAUCAGAAUGCCCACCAAAGAAGAUGAGGAAGAGGAGGAGCCAGUAGUGAUAAGAGCUCAACCUGUGCCAUAUUUUGGAAUGCCUUUUAAGCCCCAGAUCCCAGUGGGAAGAACUGUGGAAGUAUGCCCUUUUUCUUUUGAUUCCCGAGACAAAGAACGUCAGUUACAGAAAGAGAAGAAAAUAAAAGAACUCCAGAAAGGAGAGGUGCCCAAGUUCAAGGCACAUCCUUUGCCUCACUUUGACACCAUUAACCUGCCAGAAAAGAAGGUGAAGAAUACUACCCAGGUUGAGCCAUUCUGCUUGGAGACAGACAGAAGAGGUGCCCUGAAGGCACAGACUUGGAAGCACCAGCUGGAUGAAGAACUAAAACAGCAGAAAGAAGCAGCUUGCUUCAAGGCUCGUCCAAACACUGUCAUCUCCCAGGAGCCUUUUGUUCCUAAGCGAGAAAAAAAAUCCAUUAUCGAGGGCCUUUCUGGUUCUCUAGUUCAGGAACCUUUUCAGCUGGCGACAGAGAAGAGAGCCAAGGAGCGGCAGGAGCUGGAGAAAAGAAUGGCUGAGGUGGAGGCCCUGAAAGCCCAGCAGCUAGAGGAAGCCAGGCAGCAGGAGGAAGAGCAGCAGAAGGAGGAGUUGGCCAGACUACGGAAAGAACUGGUGCACAAAGCAAAUCCAAUACGAAGAUACCAGGGUGUGGAAGUCAAGUCCAGUGACCAGCCCCUGACGGUGCCCGUCUCACCCAAGUUCUCUACCCGAUUCCAGUGCUAAACUUGGCUUUGAGCUACAGAUACCAUCUGGGAACCUAAGCUGCUUUUUCCAUCAAACCAGGAGCCGUCUUUGUCAUGGGGGCAUAGAGAGAAUCCAUUUCUUCAGGCUUUUUCCUACCCGUGCCUGACAGAGCAUGCCUGACAAGUUUGGACUCCCGAUUUCAUUGAGAGUUGUUUUCCUAUGUUAUCGUGGCUAAUAAUGAGACUCAACUCAUGUAUGUCUCAACCAGACUCUUUGGAACCAUCAGUAUGAUGGUUGACCUUCAGUAUGGACCUUAGUUCUGACUAGAAUUUAAGCCUCUGUAUCAGCGCAGUAUAAUUUCUAUUGCCCUUAUCCCACCUCUCUUUUUCUAUUUUAAUCAUAAAAUAAACAUAGUUAAAUACUGAGAGAUUUAAGUCAUGGAUUAAAUUGGAACGAUCAGAUUCUUGUCAGAUUCUUUCCUCUUCUCUGUGCAAAAUGAAUUUAGAGUUAAGGAGCCCAUCACUGUGAGUGGGGAAACCUCAUGAACCGCCUGACGAGGAAAAGACUUGACUGACUGGAACCUCACAGUGGCCAUCAGCCGGCUUCAGGCAGGGCUGCUGUUCAGACAGAUUCUUCCCUUGUUGGUGCUGUAGAUAAUGGAAUGCUGAGCAGUGCAUGUGUUAAGUCUUCCAGUGACCUGAACUGGAAUAAAAGUUUGUCUUUCCCCUCCUUCCCCACAGCCCCGAUUUUUUUGUUAUUUGAUGUUUCUACAUCUGUCAAGCCCCUUUAGAGGUCACAUCUUAUUGGGGAAGUGGGUACUGUGAGAGGAGAGUCCAGGAGCUUUUAAAAGCAUAGGCUCGGUCCUUAAAGGAAAAGUGCUCUUUUCUGUCCUUUGUCAGAAUCCUUCCAUUGUUUGGUAACUCCCUCCUAGGAACAACUCUGGAAGCCUGUUAUUCCUUCGAAACAGACUGUGCCUUCUUCAAAUGUGUUUUUUCUCAUAUGAAAUCUUUCUCAUAAAUCUUUCCUUGACCAUCUGGUCUCAUCCGGUAAGGAUGAUAACUUCCUCCUUUGUGCCUCCCAGAUGUUUCUUAAUGUAUAUAUCUCUAGUAGAACAGGUAAACCACUGAGUUACUUGGGCUUGUUUACAAACUACUAGAGAUGUAGAUAACUAAAAUUAUGUUAUUUCUUGAAGAUAAAAAUAAGGGUAAUCGUAUCUGUGGUCCUUGUAUUCUGUUAGCACAGAAUUUGCUAGGUUCAUGUGAAAUAGUUUGUUUUCUUUUAGACUUGAUAUCGUUUAUAAACUCUUACUCUGUACCAGUCUUACUUCUGUGCCACGAGUUAAAGGCUGUAUCCAUAUUCUGCCGAGGCCAGUCAGUCCUAGGCAGUAUAUACGAUACUGGAUCUAUUUUAUAUUCCUUUUGUUGAUUCAUUUGGUGAGCAUUAUCUACAGUCCAUUGCAGAUUUAGUGAUGGGCAACAAAGCGAGGUGGUGUGAUUUGCAGAUCCUUGGGUCUCCUGAAGGCCCACAGACUGAUACGAAGUGCAGUUCUUUUACUCAUUUCCUAGAGAUAUGUGGUGUAUAGUUCUGUAACAACUUGUGUAGUUCAUUUACGAAAGAUUGAUUUGAUGCUAGUUAUAUAUAUGUUGGCAUUGUUCUAGUCUCUGGGCAUAUAAGCAAUGAACAGAAAUAGAAGACCUUGACUUUAUGGAGGUUACCUUUUAGAAGGGAGACAGACAAUAAACAAGUAACUGUCCUCUUCUGUCAGGUGAUAAAUGUUUCUCUGACUGAUUGCUGUGUGGAAAAUAGACUGAGAUGGGGAUUUGGGGGCAUGUGAGAUUGGAAACGGGAAGGAGUGGAGGUUCUUGCUGUUGUCCAGAUGAGAACUGGUAGUGGCUUGGGCUAGAGUGGUAGCAGUGGAGGUGAUGAGAAAUGGUUGGAUUCUAAAUGGAUUUUCAAGCUGUAACUGACAAGACUUGCUUACUGAUUGGACAUGGAGAGGGUAGAGAAGGGCAUUCAGGUAUCCGCCUCAAACAGAGAGAGAGUUCUCCAGGCCUUGUGCUGUGAAAAAUCCAGUUCUACCCCAGUCCUUGUAUCUCUUGUGGAUUCUCAGGGGGUGAGGAGGACGUUCAUGUUUCUUGCCACCUUUCUGGUUUUUCUAUCUCUAGUCAUGUUGAUCCCCUCUCUGUGUUUGUCCUUUUUGACUUUUCUCCUUCCCAUGUAUCAGCAGUUCUCUUAACAGUUUGCUAUCAUUCAUAUAGUACCAUCUAAAAUAAUUUUUUCAUAUAUUUGUCCAUUUAUUGUUUCAGUUUCAGAUAGAAGAAUAAAUCUGGCCCUCAAGUUGAGAAUUUUAGAGUGUUGUCAAGAAUUGUGGACCUAUGGGAUCCUUCCACCCCGUUUGCUCCAGCCUGGAUUACCCGCUCUGGACAUACCCACAUCAGGGUGGUAAUGUGUAACAGUCUCUUAGACAGAACAAGGAGGGAUUAUAUUACUUCAGAGAGAAUAGCUUUUCAAAUUAAGAUGCCCUUGCUUCCCAGAAUUUCUGGGUGGCUGUCUAUCUCUUCUCAGCACAGCCCAUCUAGUAUUGAAUCCUUUCUUUUGGACCACCUCACUUGACCUCUGCUUUUAUUUUACAGAGAAAUUCGAGUUCUAUUUUUUCCUUCAGGACUUGUCCAAGAGGGAGCUUCACUUUUAAUACUCAAGCUACCCUGGAAUUUUCCUAAACAAAGAACUGGACCUCUAAUAGAAAUUUACUGAAUUCUACUGAGAAAUCUGGUGGCCAUACUUGGCUUGGCAAUUCUGUAAAACUCCUAGCACAUGUGCACAUGCAGAUUAUUGGAAUUCCCACACUUUCUGGGAAGGACUCUUGUUUUCAGUGUUGUUUUGACUUGGUCAUGGUUCCCCAUUGCUAGUAGUUUUAUGCUAAUUAAUACAAAAUUAUUGUUCACUCUUAAUUUGAUCAUUUUGUUCUUGUGUAAUUGCUUUAUUGACAUUUUGACUACCGUUUUAUUCCUUAUCAGUUCUUCUCCACAGAAUUUUGUCCUUGGAAAGUGCAGCUUAAGUGGUAGACAGGCUUCAGUGGCAUUUGCUCCAGCAUUUAAUGGAGAUAAGUCUUAUACACAAAUAGUUGUCAUACAAGAUAGGAUGUGACUGAGUAACAGGAGACAGAAAAAAUGCUGCAGGAAUUUAGAAAUUCUUGUUUGAGGUGAGAUUGCCAUUCUUAAAGAUGUCUCUUUUUUUUUAAGUAAAAAUUACAAAAGUAGUACAGUCAUCCCUCAGUAUCCACAAGGGAUUGGUUCCAGGGCCUGUGGAUACCAAAAUCCACAGGUGCUCAAGUCUCAUAUGAAGUGGGUGUAACUAUGUACAUCCUCCCAUGUACUUGAAAUCAUCUCUAGAUUACUUACAGGACCUAGUGCAAUGUAAAUGGUUGUGAAUAUAAUGUAAAUGGUAUGUACAAAGUUGUCCUUGUACAGCAAAUUCAAGUUUUGUUUUCUGGAACUUCUGGAAUUCUUUUUUUCUUUUUUUUUUAAUUUUUGAUCUGUGGUUGGUUGAAUCUGCAGAUAUGGAACCUGUAGAUACAAAGGGCUGACUGUACUGCCUUUUGGAAACAAAAUAGUACAAACUGUAUAAAACCUGAAAGUCUCCCUUUGUGUCCCUCGUCCCAUUCCCCGAGAGUUACCCAUUAUUAACAGUUGUGUAUUCUUCCAGAAUGUUUUUUGUAUACACACAUAGUCACAGAGCAUUUUUUAAAUAAUAAGAUGAUAGCAUUAUGCAUUUGCCUUUAAUUUAUUCUUUGAAGGUUAUAUUUCACGUUAUUCAAAAUUUGAAAGUUGCAAAGGUAUUUAGUUCCCCACUCCAGGUAUAGUUGGUGCUGCCAGGUUUGUUCCCUUGCAGAGAUGGCUUCAGCAUGGAUGUAUUCCUACCUGCUCUCUCUUAUUUUUCCACACUUAGUGUCAUAAUUUACACUCUGCACCUUGCUCUUUUCAUAUGUAUUUUGCAUUGGGUGAUAUGACUUAGGUGCUACCUAAGUCAUUGUGAUAGCUUUCUCCCUGGAGAAAGUAUGAACUCUGUUAGGAGAAUCUAGUGAUGUGGAGGCAGACCUGGAGUGGGGUCUAGUUCUGUGUGACAUCCUGGCCAAGUGACCUGAGAUCCCAAGGGCUCGAGGUCAGGUCAGCAACACCUAGCCUUUUAGCUCCUCUUGGCUUCUCUGAAACCUUGAGGGCUUAUUGGCCUGAGUAUCUGGUUAAACCUGUGUAUCCUCUCCGGUAAAUUUUGAUGCGCUUCCUUUUCAGUUCCCUUCUGAAUCUUGUCUGCUGGGGAAGUUCCUCAUUGCUGAGAGUAGCAGUUAAAAAAGCUGUCAGCCACGUGGCUGGGUUCCUAUUUCUGCACAGGCAGGCUGAGUAACAACUUGGUGGUGUGGAUCCAGGUAGAAACUGGCCAGCAUUCUGAAUCUGCCUUGCAGCCUGCUGGGAUGCUCAGUUUAGACAACAUAUAAAGUUUCCUGGAUACAGGACAAACCCAGGCCUAUGGAAAGAGCAGGAAGGUUAAAGUGUAUGGUACUUUGAGCAGUGACGAAGGUGUAACCAGGGAGCUGACAUGUUUGCUCCAAUGCCAAGAAUUCCAGGACAAUUUGUUAUUCAACUGAAGCCUGUGUAGUUGCUACAAAAAAGAAGCCUGGGGACAUACCUUUUCCUUGUUUUUGUCUUCCUGCAUACCCAUUCUAUUCUCUAGUGCUGUGGUGAAGCUUGCUGACAUCAAAAAUAAUGUCUGAUGCUGUUUGCUAUUCUCUUUCUUGCAAGAGAAUAAGAGGCAGAGCUCUGGUCAAAACAUGGCUCUUACAUGCUGAAGGUAUCAGCUUCCUGAAAGGGCUUGACAAAUGCUAACAUACUCUAAGAAAUCAUGGUUGGAGGGGCUUAGGAAAAUCCUAGGUUUUAUCAGGAAUUAUUUUGCCAGAUUAAGCCCAGCCUGAGGGCAUCAAUUACCUUCUUUCUUUUUCUUAAAAUUUUAUUAAAUAGAAGGGAAAUAAAAAUUUGGCCUGUCUCAUCUGCCAAAACCCAAGUAGUUACGGGACUAGUAUCCCAGAACCUCACAGGCAGGUGUGUGAACGGGCUAAGAAUUGUUCAUCAGCUUGUUUCAGCACCGGUUGUAUUCUGGAGAAGGAAAUGGCAACUCACUCCAGUAUUUUUGCCUGGAGAAUUCCAUGGACAGAGGAGCCUGGCAGGCUACAGUCUAUGGGGUCGCAAGAGUCGGACAUGACUAAGUGACUAAGCACACACACACAGUAUUCUCAGGGCUUCUUUGGGAGCCAAGGUGGGUGUUUUUCAGUGGGUCAAAUAUUAUAUAGUCAGUGGUUAUAAACUGUUAUUUGAAAAGCAUUUUGGGGCAGCAUUAUCAAGUUUGCUGGUAAGGAGCGAUGAAAAGUCUGAGUCUGACCUGAUGCUGACAUACUCCACUCACAGUGUUCCAGCAUACUCUCUUACAUACUCCUUGAAUUUGCUCUAUGCAAAAAUCUCAACUGGAUUUUGCAGUCUUUUUGUUUUUAAAAUUGGGAUUUAUUGUUAAUUAUGUGCAAUUCAGAAAAUACCUGGUAAUGGCAGGAGAAAAGAAUUCAUGGUCCCAUCACCCAUGUUGAACACUGGUGUUUCUAUGUAUAAUCUUCUCUUAUAAAAAUUUUUUUCUACAUUGUAGGGGUUUUCUGUUUAUAUGUUAUUUUUUGUAUUCCGAUUUUUUUUUCAGAGUAGUAACUCAAAUAUUUUUCCUGUAUUACUGCAUACUCUAUAAAUACCAAUUAUAAUAGCAA